AUGACUUCGGUGCUAAUUGAUAAUAAAAUGCUUGCUAAAAAUAUAUUGUAUAUUCUGGCUGUUUCUGGUGGUCCAGACAGCCUAUUUUUGCUUGAAAAAAUGCACCUUGGGGGAUACAAUUUGGCAGUUGCUCAUGUUAAUUAUAAAAAGAGAAAAAAUAGUGAUUAUGACGAAAAAAUAGUGAAAAAUUAUUGUCAAAAAUAUUCUUUGCCUUGCGAAAUUUACCAAGUUCAAAAUUCAGAAUACAAUUCGGUCAGCAAUUUUCAAGACCGAGCCCGCCAAAUCCGCUACAAUUUCUUUCAAAAAUUAGCCGCCAAAUACCAAACUAAAUAUAUCGUCGUUGCCCACCACCGAGACGACCAUCGCGAAACUUAUCUGCUCCAAAAGCAAAAAAAAUCAUUACAAAUUUGUCAAUAUCUAAUUGAAAACAAAAUAGAUUAUGCUGUUGAUACCACCAACCAAUUGCCGAUUUAUCAGCGUAAUAUUAUCCGCCAGCAAAUAGCCGACUUAACCCCCGAACAAAAGGUCCUGCUAGACAAAGAAAUUGAAAAAAAAAACCGUGAGUUAAAAAAAAUUAAAAAAAUUGUGCAAACGGCCGCUAGCCAAUUAAUUAUUCACCCUCCGAGAAUGCCUUUUAUUUCACAUUCAAUUCUCAAACUUGUCAAAAAAAAUGAAUACGAGGCCGAAAUAUUUUUGCGCUUGCUCUAUUUUUGA